GCCAUUUUGCUCCGCUUCCAUUGUGUGAGAGAUAGUAAAUAUCUGAAGCUGCCAGACAGUCACAACUCACUUCUAUCGUUGCGAAGAAAAAGCGCUAAAAUCACACUUGGUGAUACUCAGAGGAAAUGGCUCGUACCAAGCAGACUGCUCGUAAGUCCACUGGAGGAAAGGCUCCUCGUAAGCAGCUGGCCACCAAGGCUGCCCGCAAGAGCGCCCCCUCCACCGGUGGGGUCAAGAAGCCCCAUCGUUACAGGCCCGGUACUGUGGCUCUGAGAGAGAUUCGCAGGUACCAGAAGUCCACUGAGCUGCUGAUCCGCAAGCUGCCCUUCCAGCGCCUGGUGAGGGAGAUCGCUCAGGACUUCAAGACUGACCUGCGUUUCCAGAGCGCUGCCAUCGGAGCCCUGCAGGAGGCCAGUGAGGCGUACCUGGUGGGUCUGUUCGAGGACACCAACCUGUGCGCCAUCCACGCCAAGAGGGUCACCAUCAUGCCCAAAGACAUCCAGCUGGCACGCCGCAUCCGUGGGGAGCGCGCCUAGACGGCCCCCCUCUCGUCUGUUCUAUUUUUCUCUACCUGUUCCUACCCUCACUCCUUUAUCCCACUCCCCCCNAGUCCGUCCCUCCACACCCCAGCCCCCCGUUUCUCUGCAGCUGUACCUUUUCUAGCGCCCCCCCUCACCAUGUGUUUGUGUGUAUGUGGAGCUCUGAUCUGUAAACCUCUUGUGCUCAACAAACAGAAAUAUUUUGGUUGCUUAAGAAUAUUGAUUAUCGUUGUGGAUAUGGUGUCUAUUUUUUUUACGCAUUUAAAUCAUGAUAAGCAUCUCUUUUCGUACCACUUCCAAAAUCAUCAAAUUAUGGGGGGGAAAAACAAAUGUAUUCCACACGGUUUUCAGUUGUUUUUUUACCCUGGUCUGAUUUGCGUAAUAAUAUCAGUAAGGGCUCCUCUGUUCUCCAAUGCAACGAUUCUGAUGGCAGCCACAGUGGGGCUCCUCUCCUCGACGCUCUGUAGAUCAGUCUCACAUUCUCUCCAUCUCUCUCUCCACACAGCUUCACACUCGCAGUAUGAAUUGACAUUAUAGUGAACAUUUCACUCUGCAUGGUUAUGGUCUUUGUCCCUGUAGAUCUGAACAUAUAAUCUGUCCCUUUCUCAAAAUUUGUGAUACACAAUAUAACCUCAUAUUUGUUUUAUUUUAUAUUUUUCUUAUUCCUGAAGAUUUUCAAAAAUAUAAAUAAGCUGAUCUUUGUAUUUUCCAAACGUCUCAUAUUAUGGUGGUAAUAAAUAGGUGUUAAAACAAA